AUGGGCAGUUUUUCAGACAACCCCUUGCCUCUCUCUUCUUCAUCUACUCCUAGUAACAAUCGCUCCUCUGUUCCUCCUCCCAGAUUCUCCACCUGCAUAUUCUCCGAUUUUGCGGGAGACAUCACCGUUGUUGUCGAUGGAGAGUCUUUUCUACUCCACAAGUUUCCAUUAGUAGCUCGGUGUGGGAAGAUGAGGAAGCUGGUGAGAGAUCUCAAGGAAUCUUGCUCUUCAAUGAUAGAGCUCAGAUAUUUCCCCGGUGGGUCUCUGACAUUCGAACUCGCCAUGAAGUUCUGCUACGGCAUCAACUUCGAGAUCACAGCCUCAAACGUGGUCGCUCUCCGCUGCGCAGCUGGUUAUCUCGAGAUGACCGAGGACUAUACAGAAGAGAAUCUCAUCGCUCGAACAGAGAAUUACCUCGACCAGAUCGCUUUCCGCAGUCUCAGCAAAUCCGUCCAAGUCCUCUCCUCCUGGGAGGCGCAAGAAACGGCUGAGACAUACAAUAUCCCUGACCGGUGUGUUGAAGCCAUCGCCAUGAAUGCUUUCAGAGAGCAGUUAGUGUCAGGUUUAUCAGAAGAGCUCAAGGGAAGAGAUUGUCUCGAGUGGUGGAUCCAAGAACUGUCCGCUCUCGGGAUUGGUUACUACGCAAGAGUCGUCUCUGCGAUGGCCAAAACCGGCGUGAGGUCCGAGAGCAUCGUCGCUUCUCUGAUGCAUUACUCUCAAGAAUCGUUAAAAGGUGUUAACGUCAUCAACCGAAACUGCACGGAGCAGAGGGUUAUCGUUGAAGCUAUCGUUAGCCUUCUGCCGAACGACGAGAAAGGAUCUUCUUACUCGUCGAUCACGCCUGUGAGCUUCCUCUUUGGUUUGCUAAAGGUUGGCAUCGAAGUAGAUGUUGAGAUCUCUUGCAGGCUCGAGCUUGAGCGCAGGAUCGGUCAGCAGCUGGAGAAUGUGACCCUCGACGAUCUGCUUAUACCUUGUGUCCAAAAUGAAGAUUCCAUGUACGAUGUUGAUGCUGUCCAGAGGAUACUCACGUGCUUUCUCGAGAGGGAGGAGGAAGAAGAUGAUGAAGAGUGUGGUUACGAUUCGGAUUCCACGUGUCACCAGGGCUCGUUGCUGAAAGUAGGACGGAUCAUGGAUGCUUACUUGGCUGAGAUCGCGCCGGAUCCACAUCUAGGUCUGCACAAGUUCGCUGCCGUUAUAGAGGCGUUACCGGAUUACGCACGUGUCAUGGACGAUGGAAUCUACAGAGCCGCUGAUAUCUAUCUCAAGGCUCAUCCGUUGUUGACGGAAGAAGAAGGCAAGAAGCUAUGCAGAUUAAUAGACUGCAAGAAACUUUCGCAGGAAGCAAGCAGCCACGUGGCGCAGAACGAUAGGCUUCCGGUGCAGAUGGUGGUUCGAGUGCUGUAUUCGGAGCAGGUGAGACUAAAGAAGGCUCUGUCGGGAGAUUCGGAGGAAGGGUUUUUCGAUUUGUCGUCUGGAUUGCAGAGCCGGGCGCUUUCUCCGAGAGACACGUACGCGUCGUUGAGGAGAGAGAACAGAGAGCUGAAGCUGGAGAUAGCGAGGAUGAGAGUGAGAGUGAGCGAGUUAGAGAAAGAGCAAAUGUUUAUGAAACAGGGGAUGAUGGAGAAGUCUGGUAAUAACGGUGGGAGUUUAUUGACGUCGCUGUCGAAAGGGAUUGGGAAGAUUGCGAUAUUCGGUGGAGAAAACCGGCGGAAGGUUAACCGGAAGUCGAGGUCAGUGUCGGAGAGAAAACCAAGCAGAAGGGGUUGA